CUGUUUUCUUGGCGCCGUUGCACCGCAACCACCACACUUCGAGACGCGAUCCUCGGACUUUUGACGCCAAUCAACCUUGCGCAAGCGACAGGACAGUGAUCUUUAUCUACUAUCGCGCAGAUAAACCCAUAUCAGAACAAUCACUGUGUCUAAAGAUCCUUUCGAUCAGGCCUUCUCGUCAUGGCGACCUUCGAUCCGUCCAUGUCGACGAGCGGCAUGCGACCGCCCCUCGCAUCUGCCGAUGCGCCUUCAAUGGCAGACUCCCUACCGAGCAUCAACUUCGGGUUCGAGGACCUACGGAGCAGAAUGGCGCAGUUUACGGUGAAAUUCGAUGCCUUCAUUGAAAGAGGCCGGAAGCAAGUCCUCGAGGAACGGAAUCAGUUUCGCAUCAAUCUCGCUGAGCUUCAAGAGGACCAGCGCAUGAAACAAAGAGAUAUCGAGAUUCUCCAGUUGAAGACCCAGACGCAUAAGCAGACACUGCAAAAGGAAAUCGCCGAAGCCAACGAGAUGCAUACCGCGAUCGCCUCCAUAACUGCAGAACGUGAUGCGCGUCUAGCAAAGCGAGACCGUCUAAAGCAGCAGAUUGCGCAGACUCAGGAGGCUAUCAACCAGAGACUGGAAGCACAAAGAGCCCAUGCCAAUCGGCUGGACGCACAAGCGCGACUGAAUGCCCCGGAAUUGGAAUUCUGGCAGGAUUAUCUGUGUUUCAGAAUCGAAGGAGCUGGUCGGGAGGAUAGGUUGAAGAUCGUUUAUACGCAUUUGCUGGAAAAGGAUUGGGAGAGGGAGGCGUGGUUUGAACUGGGGACAGGCGGCCGAGACUAUGAAAUAUACCAUACAAAACCGAAGCUCGAGAGGGAAGCGGUCGAACGGGAACUCGACAUUGUCAACGAAGACCGCGAUUUCGGAGCAUUGUUGAAGAGAAUGCGGAAGCUGUUUGUGGACAGCAUGAAAUGAUCUCGAUGGGUUCGGAUUAGGAUGACUCCUAGGUCUCCCAACUACCUUCCGAGUGAAGAGGCACGCACUGAGAUUACAUUUGAGCGUGGGAAGUUGGAUUGGAAUUUCUUGGUGCUUCGGACUUCCUACUUGUCGAUGAUGACGCUACGAUCUACACUUGCUAUCUGAGCUCAUUUGUCGCCAGAGCAGGUUCUUUACGGAAGGAGUUGAUUCUCUGUAAUUGCUAGUUAUUUUGAUACCCAGUCAAUUUAUUUUGUUAAAUGAAUUAC